GGGGCGCGCGGGCCCGGCCCCGGGGGCCCUCAGCCGGCCGCGGGUGAGCCCUCCGCGGGCCGCCCGCGAGCAUGUCACCUCCAGGAGCUGCAGCUCCCGCCCGCAGCGCCCGCGCCCCCGCCCUCUGCAGCCGCGGCCGCCGCCGUCGCCCCGGGCAUCGGCCCCCAGGCCCCCGACCCUGAUCGACGCGGGCCCCGGCACUGCAGUGCCAUGGCCGGCCAGGGGGACUGCUGCGUCAAGGUGGCCGUCAGGAUCCGGCCCCAGCUGUCGAAAGAGAAGAUUGAGGGCUGUCACAUCUGCACGUCGGUCACCCCCGGGGAGCCGCAGGUCCUCCUGGGGAAGGACAAGGCCUUCACCUAUGACUUUGUCUUCGACUUGGACACCUGGCAGGAGCAGAUCUACUCCACCUGCGUCAGCAAGCUCGUGGAGGGCUGCUUCGAGGGCUACAAUGCCACCGUGCUGGCCUACGGGCAGACGGGGGCCGGGAAGACAUACACGAUGGGCACCGGCUUCGACGUGGCCACGGCGGAGGAGGAGCAGGGCAUCAUCCCGCGGGCCAUCGCGCACCUCUUCGGGGGCAUCGCGGAGCGCAAGCGGCGGGCUCAGGAGCAGGGCGUGGCCGGGCCCGAGUUCAAAGUCAGCGCCCAGUUCCUGGAGCUCUACAAUGAGGAGAUCCUCGACCUCUUCGAUAGCGCCCGUGACCCCGACGCCCGCCACCGCAAGUCCAACAUCAAGAUCCACGAGGACGCCAGCGGCAGCAUCUACACCACAGGCGUCACCUCGCGCCUCAUCAGCUCACAGGAGGAGCUGAUCCAGUGCCUGAAGCAGGGCGCCCUGUCCCGCACCACGGCCAGCACCCAGAUGAACGUGCAGAGCUCUCGCUCCCACGCCAUCUUCACCAUCCACCUGUGUCAGAUGCGCGUGUGCGCCCGGCCGGACCUGGUGAAUGAGGCUGUGAGCAGGCUUCCUGAUGGCGCCCCUCCUGCGAGCGAGUAUGAGACACUCACUGCCAAGUUUCACUUCGUGGACCUGGCCGGCUCUGAGCGGCUGAAGCGGACGGGGGCCACGGGCGAGCGGGCCAAGGAGGGCAUCUCCAUCAACUGUGGGCUGCUGGCCUUGGGCAACGUGAUCAGCGCCCUGGGGGACCAGAGCAAGAAGGUGGUGCACGUGCCCUACAGGGACUCCAAGCUCACCCGGCUCCUCCAGGACUCACUGGGCGGCAACAGCCAGACCAUCAUGAUCGCCUGCGUGAGCCCCUCGGACCGCGACUUCAUGGAGACGCUAAACACGCUCAAAUACGCCAACCGGGCCCGCAACAUCAAGAACAAGGUGGUGGUGAACCAGGACAAGACCAGUCAGCAGAUCAGCGCGCUGCGGGCCGAGAUCGCGCGCCUGCAGAUGGAGCUGAUGGAGUACAAGGCGGGCAAGAGAGUGAUUGGGGAGGAUGGUGCUGAGGGCUACAGCGACCUGUUCCGGGAGAAUGCCUUGCUGCAGAAGGAGAACGGGGCACUGCGCCUGCGGGUGAAGGCCAUGCAGGAGGCCAUCGACGCCAUCAACAACCGCGUCACCCAGCUCAUGAGCCAGGAGGCCAACCUGCUCCUGGCCAAGGCCGGAGACGGCAACGAGGCCAUCGGUGCUCUGAUCCAGAACUACAUCCGGGAGAUCGAGGAGCUGCGGACCAAGCUCCUGGAGAGCGAGGCCAUGAACGAGUCCCUGCGUCGCAGCCUCUCUCGGGCUUCGGCCCGGAGCCCCUACUCCCUGGGCGCGUCCCCAGUCACCCCGGCCAGCUCCAUGGAGGAUGCCUCUGAGGUCAUCCGCCGAGCCAAGCAGGACCUGGAGCGGCUCAAGAAGAAGGAGGUCAGGCAGCGGAGAAAGAGCCCAGAGAAAGAGGCCUUCAAAAAGAGGGCAAAACUCCAACAAGAGAACAGCGAGGAGACGGAUGACAAUGAUGCCGAGGAGGAGGACGAGGAGCGAGAAGAGAGCGGCUGUGAGGAGGAGGAGGGCCGCGAGGAUGAGGACGAGGACUCGGGCAGCGAGGAGAGCCUGGUGGACUCCGACUCUGACCCAGAGGAGAAGGAGGUGAACUAUCAGGCGGACCUGGCCGACCUGACGUGCGAGAUAGAAAUCAAGCAGAAGCUGAUUGACGAGCUGGAGAACAGCCAGCGGCGGCUGCAAACCCUGAAGCACCAGUACGAGGAGAAGCUGAUCCUGCUGCAGAACAAGAUCCGGGACACCCAGCUGGAGCGUGACCGCGUGCUGCAGAACCUCAGUACCAUGGAGUGCUACACGGAGGAGAAGGCCAACAAGAUCAAGGCGGACUACGAGAAGAGGCUGCGGGAGAUGAACCGGGACCUGCAGAAGCUGCAGGCCGCCCAGAAGGAGCACGCGCGGCUGCUCAAGAACCAGUCUCGCUAUGAGAGGGAGCUCAAGAAGCUGCAGGCCGAGGUGGCCGAGAUGAAGAAGGCCAAAGUGGCCCUGAUGAAGCAGAUGCGGGAGGAGCAGCAGCGGCGGCGGCUGGUGGAAACCAAGCGGACCCGGGAGAUCGCGCAGCUCCGGAAGGAGCAGCGGCGGCAGGAGUUUCAGAUCCGAGCUCUGGAGUCCCAGAAGAGGCAGCAGGAAAUAGUCUUGAGGAGGAAGACUCAGGAGGUUUCUGCACUGAGGCGUCUGGCCAAGCCCAUGUCUGAGCGGGUGGCAGGGCGAGUAGGACUGAAGUCACCCGUGCUGGACUCAGGGGCCGAGGUGUCGGCCAGCACCACCUCGUCUGAGGCCGAAUCGGGGGCCCGCUGCGUCUCCAGCAUCGUGCGCCAGUGGGACCGCAAGAUCAACCACUUCCUGGGGGGCCACCCCGCGCCCACUGUGCCUGGCGCCCGCCCUGCCAGGAAGAAGUUCCAGAAGAAGGGGGCCAGCCAGAGCUUCAGCAAGGCCGCCAGGCUCAAGUGGCAGUCGCUGGAGCGGAGGAUCCUGGACAUCGUCAUGCAGAGGAUGACCAUCGUCAAUCUGGAGGCCGACAUGGAGCGGCUCAUCAAGAAAAGGGAGGAGCUCUCCCUCCUGCAGGAGGCGCUGCGCAGGAAGCGGGAGCGGCUGCAGGCGGAGAGCCCCGAGGAGGAGAAGGGGCUUCAGGAGCUGGCGGAGGAGAUCGAGGUGCUGGCGGCCAACAUCGACUACAUCAACGACAGCAUCGGCGACUGCCAGGCCACCAUCGUGCAGCUGGAGGAGACCAAGGAGGAGCUGGACUCCACGGACACGUCGGUGGUCAUCAGCUCCUGCUCCCUGGCCGAAGCCCGCCUCCUGCUGGACAACUUCCUCAAGGCGUCUAUCGAUAAGGGGCUGCAGGUGGCACAGAAGGAGGCACAGAUCCGGCUGCUGGAGGGGCGGCUGCGGCAGACGGACAUAGCGGGCUCCUCCCAGAACCACGUGCUCCUGGAGGCGCUGCGGGACAAGGCCGAGGCCCGCCCCGAGCUGCAGGCCCUCAUCCACAACGUGCAGCAGGAGAAUGGCUAUGCCAGCACGGAUGAGGAGGUGUCCGAGUUCUCUGAGGGGAGCUUCUCCCAGUCAUUCACCAUGAAAGGCUCCACCAGCCACGAUGACUUCAAGUUCAAGGGCGAGCCCAAGCUGUCCGCCCAGAUGAAGGCUGUGUCGGCCGAGUGCCUGGGCCCCCCGCUGGACGUCUCCACCAAGAACAUCACCAAGUCCCUGGCGUCCCUCGUGGAGAUCAAAGAGGACGGUGUGGGCUUCUCAGUCCGAGAUCCCUACUACCGGGACAAGGUCUCGCGGACCAUCAGCCUCCCCACCAGAGGGAGCACUUUUCCCCGACAGUCUCGCGGUGCAGAGACGUCCCCUCUGACCCGGAGGAAGUCCUACGACCGAGGGCAGCCCAUCAGGUCCACAGACGUGGGGUUCACGCCUCCCUCGUCCCCUCCCACCCGGCCCCGCAACGACCGAAACGUCUUCUCUCGUCUCACCAGUAACCAGAGCCAAGGGUCCGCGCUGGACAAGUCUGAUGACAGCGACUCCUCUUUGUCGGAGGUCCUGAGGGGCAUCAUCACCCCGGUCGGAGGAGCCAAGGGCGCCAGGACGGCCCCGCUGCAGUGCGUCUCCAUGGCCGAGGGCCACACCAAGCCCGUGCUCUGUGUGGACGCCACGGACGAGCUGCUCUUCACGGGCUCCAAAGAUCGCAGCUGUAAGAUGUGGAACCUGGUAACGGGGCAGGAGAUCGCGGCUCUGAAGGGCCACCCCAACAACGUGGUCUCCAUCAAGUACUGUGGCCACUCGGGGCUCGUGUUCUCCGUGUCCGCCUCCUACAUCAAGGUGUGGGACAUCCGAGACUCAGCCAAGUGCGUCCGGACUCUCACAUCCUCGGGCCAGGUGUUCUCGGGGGACGCCUGCGCGGCCGCGUCCACCCGCACAGUCACCAGCGGACAGGGGGAGCACCAGAUCAACCAGAUCGCCCUCAGCCCCGCGGGCAGCACGCUCUACGCCGCCUCGGGGAACGCCGUCCGUGUCUGGGAGCUCAGCAGGUUCCAGCCCGUUGGCAAGCUGACCGGCCACAUUGGCCCUGUGAUGUGCCUGACGGUCACCCAGACGGCCAGCCAGCAUGACCUGGUGGUGACCGGCUCCAAGGACCACUACGUUAAGAUGUUCGAGCUGGGUGAGGGUGUGACAGGCACCGUUGGGCCCACCCACAACUUCGAGCCCCCGCACUACGACGGCAUUGAGUGUCUGGCCAUCCAGGGGGACGUCCUGUUCAGUGGCUCCCGGGACAACGGCGUCAAGAAGUGGGACCUGGAGCGGCAGGAGCUCGUGCAGCAAAUCCCCACUGCACACAAGGACUGGGUGUGCGCACUGGCCUUCGUCCCGGGCCGCCCCAUGCUGCUGAGCGCCUGCCGUGCGGGCGUCAUCAAGGUCUGGAACGUGGACAACUUCACGCCCAUCGGCGAGAUCAAAGGCCACGACAGCCCCAUCAACGCCAUUUGCACCAACAGCAGGCACAUUUUCACCGCCUCCAGUGACCUGACCGUGAAGUUCUGGAGUGCCCGGCGCCUGCCCAGCCGCCCCCGCUAGCAGAGAGGUCAGAGGACGCCCACCCCUCGGCCCAGCGGCCUGGACACAGGAGGGGACAGAGGGUGUGGCCGAUGGGCAUGGCCCCUCAUGCCCCCUCCCCACCUUCCCACGAGAUACUGUCCCCCACAUCCCCCACCUCUUUGGCACCGGGCGGUCCGGGAGGAAAUCAAGCUGUGAAGCCAAAGGGCGAUUCCUCCUAUUUCUUCCUCCUCCUGGCCCCGAGUUCUGCUGCCCAGCUGGCCACCCCCUUCUUCCAGCCUUUGGCCUGGGGGGCUCCUGUCGGAGAGGUGAGGCAGCCCCCACUGACCAGGCCUCCCCUCCGUCCCCUGGCCUAGCCACUGCACCUGCCUCUGAGCCCAGAAAGACAGCCCUCAGGUAACCACGCGAACCAGGUGCGGGCAGCUGGCCCUGCAGCUGACCUCUGCCCUCGGCCACCAGUGGCCUCUCCCCGCAGACCCCGGCGAUUCCUUGGGUCCCUUUCUGACAGUCUCGGCGGAGCUGCUGGAAAGAUUCCUUUGGGGAGAUGGUCAGAAUGCUUCAGUUAUUUAUGUUGUUUUUUAUUUUUGCUGUUGCCUCCUGGAAAACUGACUUGAAGUUCCUCCCCACAUGUUCGUUCCCGCAGCUCUCGGGGGCCGGGAUUCCCGAGUCCUGCAGGGCCACCUCUCCACGUGCUCCGCAUGCUCUGCAGAGGAGGGCGGCGCCUGGGGACUCUGCAGCCCGGGCCUGUCCCCACCUCACCGGGGGGCUGCUCUCGGGACCCGCCUCCGGCCACUGGGCGCGCAGUGCCUUCCUCCGCGGGGCCUGGCGCCCACCCGCGCAGCCUUACACCAGCCGCGCCCACAGGGGUCUCCUCGCCCGUGGGGUCUCCCGCCUGCGGCCCCCACUCCCCGAGCCCCACGCGGGCCACACAGAAGCAGCUCGGAAGACUGUCUGCCAGGAAGGGGCUGGACGUGUGCCUGGCCCCCCCAGCCCCCCGCCCCCGCGCGUCCCCCCAGCCUGGCAGCGCCCAGCGACCUUCUCUGCUUGUCCAAGCCUUAGCUGGCGCAGCCGGGGCUCCCCGCCCCAAGGGGCCAGCAGAGAGGCAGAGUCUGCCGAGCUGCUCUUUCCUGGAGGGCUGCCCCCCCACCCCACCCUGCUCCGAGGUGUUCCUCUUUUCUUUUUCCUUUUUCCGCGCAUUUUUCUGACGCUGACCUGGCCGUGUGCUUCCCGGCCUCGGUCUGAGGGGCCGGGAGCCCCAGCUCUGUCCAGAGAACACGGUGACCUCUGGGUCUUCGGGAGGCGGCCCUCGGCCCCCCUCCCCACGCGGCCAGGGCCCCGGCACUCGGGGCGGAGGGAAGGAGGACGGGGCCUCUCCCCCUGCGCAGAGCCUCCCCCCAGCUAAGAAAGCCGUCCCGCCGUGAGCGGCCCCGGCUGGACUCGGGGCGGACGUCGGGGAGCAGUCGUGCAGAGGGACCUGCGCAGAGCCGGGACAGCGCCUUCAGGACCGGAAGCCCCUCCUGCUGGGCGCCCCCAGGGGCGCUGGAGCCCCCUCCGCCGCGGAGAAGUGGGAGCGAGUCUCCCCGCGCCCCGCCCCUCCGUCUCCCCCCGGCCCCGCCCCUCCGGCUACCCGCUCAGCAGAAAGCUCAACCUUGCGACCUGUACGCAAGAAUCUGCAUGACUGUUUACAAACUAGAAACACAAGAGACUGGCUGCUCUGGCCUGGGGCCUGGGCCGUGGCUGCAAGCCUGUCCUUGCUCGAGGGGGGCCUUGGCCCACUAGAGGUGCUCGGCAUCCCUGCCCGCCCUGUCCCGCUGUUUCCGAGUCCGCUACCUCAUGGCGGGCUGGCUCUGCCGUCCUGGCGGGAAGCCCUGACUCCGGGGUUUCGGGAGCGGUUCCCAGCGGCGCCCCGGAGCUCUGAAGUCGGCACACGCCGUCGGGGUUGUCGGGGUGCCCGGUGGGGCCCUGUGCCCCUCCUUGCACGAGCUUUCUAGGUGUGGAAGCACACAGUGGUUGAGAUGAGAGCACAAGGCGUGGCUGGCGGCCGGCGACCUGGGCGAGCCUCCCGGGAGGUUCCGCCCCAGGGGCUGCCACGGAGGCCCGCGCCCACGGGGCUUGGGCACAGCCUGUCCCCCUCCCAGGGCUCAUCCCGCACUGCUGCCCCUCUGAGCCACCCCAAGGCUUGAGGCCGGCCCUGCAGGCAGGCCGCAUCAGAGGGCUGGGGCCCAGAAUGGCACCCUCUUUUCCCCAUGUCCCGAAUUUUUGAAUGCCUGACCCCAGCCCUCCUGACGAGCUUGGACACCCCACCCCCGCCCCCCGGGCCGAGCCCUGGAACAGCUUUAGCAGCUGGUGGGCGAGCUCCCCGAACGGGCCGCCUUCCGGCCUUCUCAGCCGGGUCCCGAGCCCAGACCUCGGCUCUCAGCGUCCUCAGGCCAGCAUCUCUUCCGUCAGUGGGGCUGGCUCCUCCGAGGCGGCCAGAAGCCCCCAGGCAGCACCUGGCAUCGCGUCCGGAGCUUGCCUGGGGGAGGGAGGCUGAGAGCCAAGGCCAGCACAGGCGGGCCUCUCAGGCGGUUAGGGAGCCGCCAUUUGGGAAGGGCCGCCUUCAGGUCUGGGGGGUCUGGCCCUGCUGCCUGCCCGGGAGUUGAAAGCACAAAUCGCUGGAGGGAGGACCAUCCCUGGAGCCUCCUUGUGCCGCCAGGCCGGGGAGGUGCCCCGGGCGGCCGCUGUGAAGUCAGGGAUUCCUGACCUCUCCUGCCCUUUGGGGGAGCCCAGGCUGCCGGCGCCCUCUGAAUCGGUCUGGGCCGGGUGCGGGCACACAUCCUGGCCUUUGAGCUUCGCCUCACCCGCUGUGCCGGAGGCUCAAGCUCCUUCCCACCAAAGUGGCCCAAAGCCAGCGCCUCCGACCCUUCCCCCCCAUGCAGGGAACAAUGCUGAGCUCAGCUGGGCAUGGCCUCCAGGCCUGGGCUCAGGAGCCAGGGCUUGGCUGGUUCUCGCCAGCAGCCCUCCUCUCCUGCUCCCAGGCCCUCCCCUGCCUUCUGAUGUGCAGGCACAGAGCCCACGGGGAAAGUUCUCACUUCUGAAGCGUCUUUGCUCUCCUUCCCCCUCCCCGGGACUCAGGGCGCUCCAGCCCCACCACUCCCUGGUCUGACCCUCUGAACAACCGUUCUGAGGGCCCUGCGGGGCAGCAGGGACCGCUCCGAGGGAGCCGAGGGUCAGAGAAGACCCCUGCCCUGCACACCAGCUCUUUUCUAGCCAUCCCCUGCCGGGGCGUGGGGCUGUGUUUGGCUCAGCUCCUCUGCUGGGUGGUCGCACAGGUGUAUAUAUGUUUUGUACGUUGGCUAAUGACUGUACAUAGUGUAUGAAAGUUAUUUAAGCUCAUGUUGUACAUUUCUGUUCCCAGACAGGAUGUGAGUGUUCUAAGAAGCUGUCAUGAAUAAAAUGCGAAUGGCCGUUGUC